AUGACAGACGAAAGCUUAGCAUGUUUUCACCGGAAUCGAAGGAGAUUGCCUCGGAUACAGCGUCAGCAUGAAUCUGCCAGUAAAGCCAAUCGACAGCUGGUCAGAAGGAAUCCGCCGUCGUCUUGUGGUGGAACCGACCUUCGAAUCUCUUCACUCAACACUUUCACUCGAAAUGGAAGUGUGGUGCUAAGAAUAGCAGGACCCACUGACGAUGCCGGAGAAAAGUCUGAGAAUGUAGUACGUCCAAGGUCCGACUUUGGAGAUGAUCAUGCAUACAAUGGACUUCGGACAAGGAGCGUUCCUCCAGGUCCUCCUAACGAUAUGAACAAGUUGCGAAAACAAGGUCAAACAAAUUCAAUUCCUUAA